ACUUCCGGUAAUGCGCGUUGCCAGUCAGCUGACAGAUGUUCGCCGCUCGUGUUUAUGCGCUGUUCGGAGAUUUUCAAACCACCUGACGGGCCACAGAUAAAGUGAUAACGCGUAAAGUGUAUUUUCUCUUGCUAGCACAAUGAGUGCCGGCACUCCUAAAUCUCUGCCGUCGUCGGGGCAGAAAUCUAUCCAGGACAUCAGCCACCCUCUGUGUGAGGAGUCGCUUCUCACACCCAGCCCAGAUGCAGCAAACACCAGCAGCAGCAUCGGCCACAAGGACUUGAGUCUCCCCAAUGGCAAUGCAGUGGACACGUCCAGCCCGGGCUCUUCGUCCUCUCUGCUAAAUCGCUUGCAACUGGAUGACGAUCUGGAUGGAGAGAUGCGGGAUCUCUUUGUGACCGUGGACGAUCCCAAGAAACACGUGUCCGCCAUGGAGACGUACAUCACAUACAGGGUGUCUACUAAGACUACAAGAACCGAGUUUGACCUCCCUGAGUAUUCAGUGCGACGGCGCUAUCAGGACUUUGACUGGCUGAGGAACAAGCUAGAGGACAGCCAACCAACCCACCUUAUUCCACCUCUUCCUGAGAAAUUUGUGAUGAAAGGAGUGGUGGAUCGUUUUUCAGAGGAAUUUGUGGAGACGAGAAGAAAAGCUCUGGAUAAGUUCCUGAAACGGGUCGCUGAUCACCCUGUCCUUUCCUUCAACGAGCACUUCAAUGUUUUCCUGUCUGCCAAGGAUUUGAAUAAAAGGCUAGGCUUAGCUCUGCUGUCCAAGAUGGGCGAGUCUGUGAAGUACGUGACGGGAGGCUACAAGCUGAGAGCACGGCCGGCGGAGUUUGCAGCGAUGGGCGAAUAUUUGGACAUGUUCACACAGAAACUAGGCACCAUCGACAGGAUAGCGCAGAGGAUCAUCAAAGAGCAGUCAGAGUACCUGGUGGAGUUGAGAGAGUACGGGCCGCUCUACUCAUCAUGGGCCUCUUCCGAGCAGGAGCUCCAAGAGCCACUGGACGGCGUGGCAGGCUGCGUGGCUAACUGCUGCAAUGUUCUGGAGGAGCUCACAGAGGACAUGAGUGAUGACUUCCUACCUGUCUUGCGCGAAUACGUCCUCUAUAUUGAGUCCAUGAAGAAUGUUUUGAAGAAGAGGGACCAGGUCCAGGCUGAGUACGAGGCUAAACUGGAGGCUGUAGCAUUUCGUGAGGAAAAGAGGACAACAGUGCCCACAGAUGUGGAGAAAUGCCAGGAUCGGGUGGAGUGCUUCAAUGCCGAUCUGAAGGCUGACUGGGAGCGCUGGCAGAACAACAAACGACAAGAUUUCAGACAGCUGCUGACCGGCAUGGCAGACAAAAACAUCCAGUACUAUGAAAAGUGCCUUGCAGCAUGGGAGUCCCUCAUUCCAAUCUUACAGGACAAACAGGAAGCCAAAGCAGAGACGAACUGAGCAUGUGUGUGGCUCACCUGCUCUCAGGGUUGUGACCUGCUGAGAUCUGUGUGAGACCAUGGCCUCAUGUCUUCAUGUAUUUUGGCCAUUUGGGGACCAGUAGGUCAGGGGAACGAGAUGGGCUUCACAAAAUGCUGUACGAUAUUUUGUUGCAUUUGGGAUUUUUUUUUUAUUAUUAUUAUUAUUUAUGAAAUCCAAUCCAAGCACCUCGUCCUUCCCUCUGGCCUUCAAAGAACAUGCAAUUUUGUGUUCUACUGAAGCACAGGGAGACAAACCACAGAAUGACCUGGAAGAAAGAGAAAACAGAAGUACAACAAGCUACACUUGCCAUUCUCCAGUGAUUUUCUUUUUCCAUAAAUUACGCUUGCCCUCUUAACGAUUCACUUGUAUCACUGCCUCAUUGUCAUUGCCGUUGUCCUGCACAUCCUGACCACGACGAGGCAGGACAAGGAUCGUCCAUAUUCCUCUCACCAAAGUUUAAAGAGUUUUUUUUUUUUAUGUUGUUUCAGGAACACUAUGGAUCUGAUGCUGUGAAAUGGCAUGAGCUCUUAUCUACUUUAUUAUACUUACGAUUUAUGUUUUUGGUUGUUGACUCUGAAUGAAGUUUGUCUUCUCAACUCUACGUGACUCAGAUGCUUUUCAUAAUCACUCCAGAUUGCUGGCCCCAGCUUCACACGAGUUAUUGUGCAUUAAAGUAAAGGUAGCUUUCUAAUAAAGGCUGCUAGGAAUAGGAAAUGCAUUCAGAUCACUCGGGGAGGAAUUUCUUUCCACAGGGAUCUUAUUUCUCUGAAGGACAUAGAACAAUAGAUCCUAAUCCAAUCCUGAACAUUUAUUAAGUAUUAACACUAAAUAGUACUAAUUAGGAAUUAACUCUGGGAUUUAAACAUGUUGUAUUUAUGUACUUUUCAGAGCAGGUGUUUGAGAUCUAGGAGUUUUUCUUUUGAAGGCUGGAACUUUAAGAUUUGGUGUUUGUUCUGGUAGAAAAAGCUGCUGAGAAGCGAAAAGAGAACUUAAUACUUUUCUUAGGGAUGGUGUUCAUAGGGUUAUGUGACACCUUUACAUCUGUCAUUGUAACUGUUCUAACACGUCAUAGACCAAACUUAUUUCAGUGGGGACAUUUCAAUAAGAGAGUUUUUUAUGGCUAACGACUUAAAGCUGUUAUGAAACUUCCUGGGCAAACACAUGUACACAGGAACGAAGUACUAAGUCAUCCGUCACGCCGUUCUAAUGCAAGUCAUAACACAAACUUGUGCCAAUUGGACAAAUGGACAAAGCAAUAUUUAUUAAAGCCUUUGUCAUAAGAUAACCUUAUGUCAAUUGGACAUCAAAAUGGACAACAUUGUCUUGUGCCAGCAAAUGCAUAUUGGUUUAAGCCUUUAUAAAUCUUUAUAUUGCUUUAUAUCAGUUGCCAUAGUGGAUUUAUAUACAUUCUUCAUGUAGCCUUACAAACACAAGUAAAGUGUUACUGAAAAACGAUACCUUUACUUCAUUUAAUCCCACCGUUUGUAAUGGUAGAGAACAGUAUGCUCUCAGUGUCAGCCUGUGGAAAACAUUCACCAUCCCCAUGUACACAUAGAUUUAUUAGUUAAAGUUUGAAUUAUGCUCGAUUUAGAAAGUUUAUACACACUACAGUUAUAACAGCAGUCUCAAUAUUCUGGGUGACCGUGUACAAGUCAUUUUGUCCAUCUGCUACAACACACCACUGAACGCUGCAUGUUCUCUGGUCUGUCUGACUGACUGUCUGUCUGUCUGUCUGCCUGUCUGCCUGUCUGUCUCUGAGUCUGUUUCUCUCUCUCUCUCUCUCUCUCUCUCUCUGUGUGUGUUUCUCUCUCUCUGUCUCUCUGUCUCUGUCUCUCUCUCUUUCUCUCUCUUGCUCUCGCUCUCACUCUCGGCUGUUAACAGGCCUGCUGUUGUCCAGACCACAAUAAGGCUUUGCUGUUGUAGGUUCUUAUAGAUCCAUGUUCCAUUGUGUGUAUUUUUAAGGGAAAACUAAUUCUAUUCAAAUCUGCAAUUGAGAUCAUAACAAUAAUCUUAAGAAUUUGUCUUAAGAAAUUGCACUCAUCUCAUUGGAAAGUGCUUUAAAGCCAUGCCACCUUUUUUGUUUCAUUUGUCAACAUGCUUUUGUAAGACGUCAUUUACAAACAUUUACAUUUGAAAAUGUUUUAUGAUAUUCCAGAUUUCUAGGUUAAGCAUGAAUAAAAGGGAAAUGUAUGAUAGAUGGAAACGUGCAGCUUUGGCGCCAUCUGCUGGGUGAUAAACUUGUUGUUUACUACUUUGCUAUAUGAAGGGCUCUGAAAGGAAAACUCCAUCCUGAAACACACUGAAUAUGUUAGACUCAAAGCCUUGUGCUGAAUCAUGGCUUAUGUUUGUGAUGACGGCGGUAUUAGAAUGAAUGUCAAAUACAUUUUAAUUGCCACCAAGGAUCAUAAAUUUAUUCAAAAGAUUAAUAUUCAAGCUGUUCAAGGUGGAAUUUUACUUUAUGCUCAAAAAGGUUUGAUCAGUGGAAUUGAAAUCAUUAUGUGAAAAUAACUGAGACACAUCCUGGUGUGUGCAUGUUUUUUUGUGGUGCAAUAUAAAAGUCAGUUUCCACUCAACCAAAUACUUCUGCUUUCUCUUAAUCUCUAAUGGUUCUGCAAAGCAUUUGUGUGAUAAUUAAGGCAGCUACACUACACUGAGUCCUGUGUGACUUUGUGAAAGUUAAUUUUUUAGGGGGAUUAAUACUUUAGGUCUAUGUAAAUGAACCAAUUGAAUGGAUCUUUUAUCAUUCUGGAUGGACACAUGGGCAAAUAAGUUCAUCAGGUUUCAUUAGCAACAAUUGUUGUUUUUUUUUUAAAUUGUAUGAAUCCUUUUCUCGUUCGAGUCUGACGGCAGUGAGGUGUGUUUGUAAAUAGCAUUUGUCAGUCUGCCUUUUUUGUAAUGUCUAAAUGAAACUGCUUUGUAAAGCUGGCUUCUGUUUCAGAUAGUCAGCAAGUCUGUGCGAGGCUGAGAAGUUCAAUAUGGCGGUGAAUAUUUUGUAAUAUUAAUAUAAUUUAUAGACCAAAAAGGUUUGUAGCCCUCAGUUCUCCCCUAAUUUUUUCUUUGUGUGAAUUGUUUACUGUAAACUUAAUGUAAAUGUCACUGUUUCAAUUGCAGGAAAAUGACAUUGAUGUUUUGAAACUAUAACUUUACCGAACAUAUUUUAAAUAUUGAACCAAUUAAAAAGGAUUGUGUUAAUGCUU